AUGGCCAUCUACACUCACGGCGAAGUGACUAAGACCUUCGGUAUCAACCUCUACUACGGGAUGUACAUCGUGCUAUUUGCCAGUCUCUGCACAAUCUGGACGGCUUUUCUUGGUCUGUGUGGAAUGUCUACAAAAAAUCGCUUUUUCGUCCUCCUGCUUGUCGGCGGUUCGAUCCUACUGAUACUCAUUCUCCUUGCUGGACUUCUUCUCGUUCUGGCUUUUCCUUACUCGUCCGCAGACUUCGUGAAGGGAGUGAUGCUGCGUAAUUUGAAGGAGAGCUACGGGUCCUUUGCAUUGACGACUACAGCUUGGGACUACCUUCAAAGCUAUCUCCUGUGUUGUGCAGUCGAAGACAAUGGUUGGAGUGCCUGGAAGGAGUCCGAGUGGUUCAUGGAUGAAAACGCUCUGCUCCUCGAUGAUACCAAGACGAUUCCUGAAUCCAAUCCUGCUUUUCGAAUGGUCCCCAAAACCUGCUGCUACAGGAAACUUGACUAUCUGACCCGCCAGUUGACUGACGAGUAUGAAGAUCUCGCGAGGUGCCAAAACUGGCAGUAUGGGCCACCCAAAUUCGGAGAUGGCGCCCACAAUGACGCGCUUUACUACCGAGUACGAGUUACCCUACGUGAACGUUACACACUACCACUGCCCAUUAUAACCACGUAUCCUGUUUAG